GAAAAGAAGAAGGACGAAAGUAUGGCUGCCGCUAUCGUACCCGCCGCACCUGACGAGCACGGAGACGGCUUUUGCCGCUUCUGCGCCGGGGACAGCAGCAGCGAGCCGCUGGUGACGCCUUGCAACUGCGAAGGUACGAUAUCCACUUCGCACAAGUCAUGCCUCGAGAAACGUAUUCUACAAAACGGCGUGACGCGUUGCUACCUCUGCAACUACAAGUACGAAUACAAGGUCAAGACCAAGCCCGUGGUGAUGUGGCUCGUCUCUGAGGAGCACCGGCGGGACGUCUUCCAGCUGCUGUCCAUGCUCACCCAGUACCUGUGCGACACCAUCAUAAUCGUCAUCGCGGUCGUCAAGGGUGUCGAGAUGGUGAUACAGGCGCCCCUGGUGAUGGGCAUGCUCACCGCAUUCUGCUGCGGAUCGUGCGCCCUCUUAUGGAUUACCUUGCUCUUCAUGGACCUGUGGGCCUUCUACCUUCCACUGCGCCGUUGGCUCCGCGACAACAUGACUGUCGUGCUGACCGUGCCGGCCAAGCCGUUCGACAGUCGGGCUCCGGAGAGUUGUCACUCCACAGACGAGCUGCGUGGAGAGUAACCGUCGCACUUGCGGAGACCGACUGAUCCUAGUCCGUGGAGCGAUGACGGUCCACACUUUGGAAGCUGCUGGACCGCGAUGUAUUAUGUCAGCGCAAUGACAAAAUUUAGACAUUCCGCUCCACUGAAAGGCUGCCGUUCUUAGUCACAUACAUGUGCCCCGCUCCGGGCGCCAUUAGAUACUCGUGCGAUGGUUCCGAUAGCGACAGCAGGCAUAUGCGUUUAUAAAUACACGUACACGCCAUAUUUCGAAAUUUGCGAAUGCUCAAAAGCAGGCGUUUCACGUGUUCAAAUCAGACACACCUGCGAACUCCACUAAGGUCACAAUGAAGUCGAUCCCCAGUGCUUCGUUUAUUCUUAUCGAAAUGACAUCAAACCGGCAUUUUAACACGACAUAGCCACGCAAAAUGUUUAGGCUGCAGACAAAAAGCCCAUUCUUGGUGCUACGUGGAGUUUACGCGCAUUAGCGUAAUGUAGGUGUGGAUUGCGGAUUUACGGUUUUACGAAGGAUUCCUUGAUGAAUAUAUACGUGAAAAUGGGGCAAAUAGGUAAAAAACAUGUAAAUUUUUCUGUUGUGAAAGAGCUGGACCACGAAGAACUGCUCUCAAGCAAGCGUGACAUCACUCUUAUGUUGCUGCUGGCAUAAUUGUUAACUUGUUAAGAAGAAAAAGACGUUUGUAUGUAGAUCGAAACAUUUGUGAUGGCCUCCGUAAAAUAACGAUAUUAAUGAAGCUAGUUUUAAUAAAAUUGCCACAACUCCGCGCA